AUGUCUAACCCCGUUACUUCGCUUCACAAUUACCUCGCUAAGACUCAAUCAACGAGCUCCCUCAGCUGGGCGGAAACCAAGAAAGGCACUGAUCAUGCGCCGACUUGGCUUGUCGAAUGCAAAAGAGUCGUCAAAGGUACCGCAGAGGCACCCACCAUAAACCAAGCUAAGCAGGAGGCUGCUAAGAAGGCACUCGCGGCGAUCAAAGCCGACUUGGAAAAGAAAUGA